GGGGAACCAGACCCAGAGACGUCCAAACCAGCAAGACCACACCACUGCUCCCACUGUGGAAAGAGUUUUACCCGGUUCUGGAACCUAAAACAGCAUGAGACGAUGCACACAGGAGAAAAGCCUUUUCAAUGCUCCCAAUGUGGAAAGAGUUUUACCUGGUUAAGGGCCCUGAAUAGGCAUGAAGAACUACAUACAGCAGGGAGGAAGACCUACCAAUGCUCCCAGUGUGGAAAGAGUUUUACUCAGUUAGGAAGCCUGAAAAUACAUGAGAGAAUCCAUACAGGAGAGAAGCCUUACCCCUGCUCCCUAUGUGGAAAGAAUUUUACCAUGUUAGGCAAUCUUAAAAAGCAUGAGAAAAUACACUCAGGAGAGAAGCCUUACCACUGUUCCCUGUGUGGAAAGAGUUUUACCCAGAUAGGGAGCCUGAAAACACAUGAGAGAAUGCACACAGGAGAGAAGCCUUACUACUGCUCCCAGUGUGGCAAAUAUUUUUCUCAUUUAGAGACCCUGAAAAUACAUAAGAGAAUACAUACAGGAGAAAAGCCUCACCACUGCUCACUGUGUGGAAAGAGUUUGACCACUUUGGGCAAUCUAAAAGAGCAUGAGAGGACACACACGGGAGAAAAGCCUUUUAAGUGUUCCCUCUGUGGAAAGAGUUUUACCCAUUUAGCGAGCAUGAAAAGGCAUAAAGGAAUACACACAGGAUAAAAGCCUUACCAAUUCUCCCAGUGAGGAAAGAGAUUUUCACGAUUACAGGACCUUACAUCACAUGAGAGGACACACCUGACCACUGCUCCCAAUGUGGAAAGACUUUUACCUUGUUAGGGAUCCUGAAAACAUUUAGAGGAAACAUAGGAGAAAAGAUCUACCACUGUUCUCAGUGUGGAAUAAGAUUUUACCCGGUUAUGUAACCUGAAAGACCAUAAAAGAACUCAUACAAAUACACAGGAGGAGAAGACAUACUACUGCUCUCAGUGUGGAAAGACAUUUUCCCAGUCAGAGGACCUGAAAACACAUGAGAGAAUAGAGAGGCUGUGUUCUGACUUGUGUUUCUGACUGAGAAUUUGGGGUUUUGUUUAAUACCACAUUAAAUCAUACUCAAAAAAAGUUUACAGGAAUUCCCACCUGUUUAGCCAGUAUAUUGUUAUAUAAUGAUAUAUAUAUAUUUUUGUGUUGUUGUUGUUGCCUGUUUUGCAUGUUAUUUUGGCAUUAAUACG